AUGAGCGAUCCGAUUGGGUUUGGAGAGCUCGGGGAGCUGGGUAGGACCCUUGAUGAGGACAUGAUGAUGAAUAGCGCCGUCUUUGACGGCGCGCUCGACGCCAUCUACUCCAAAUUCGACCUGGGCAACCCCGACGAUCUCGCCUCGCUGUACGGAGUCAGCCCUGGCGCCCCCGACGUGCGCGACGUGCGGGUCCCGGCGCAGACCGGGACCGGGACCGGGACCGGAUCCGGCGACGGAUCCGGCGACGGAUCCGGCGCCUUCAACCCGAAGAUCGACGGCAAGGCGGAGACGACGAGCACGGCCGUGGGUAAGCGCGGGCGCGCAAACCUCAAUCAGGCGGAGGUGCAGAAGAGGUACCGCGAGCGGAAGAAGAACCGCAUGCUCGACCUCGAGAAGCAGGUGGAGGACCUCCGCGAGAAGGUGAAGGAACUCGAGAGGGAGAAGGCGCGGCGCGGGGAUGGGACCGACCUGAAGGAGGCCUCCGGCAGCGGCAACUCCACCCCCCCCGACGCGGCCACCACCACCACCGAAGGCGGGAGGAGCUCGGACGACGACACCACCACGCUUCUGCGGCCGUUCGCCGUCGCGCCGGGCGACGGGGAUCCCGAGUUCACCGAACGAAUGCUCCGCGAGGACGCCGCGAGGAGAAGCCGGGAUUCGAAGGGACUGAAAACCGACAGCGGGGACGGCAGCGGAUGCGAGGGUCACCUCACCUUCAUCAUCGAGGCGUCGGAGGCGCUAAAGCGCGGGGUGGAUGGGCCGUCAGCCACUGGCAAGUUUAAGAAUUACACAGAGGCGGAGAUCUGGUGGGGCGGGGUCACGGAGGUUUACAACAAGGCGGUUCGCAACAUACGCGAUCUCGUGGACGUGGGCGCGAACGACUCCAAUCUGAGGAGCGCCAUCGACGCCAUCUCCAACGUCGUGAGCGUCGCUCGAGAGUCCAGGUCCGAGCUCGCGGUGAUCUCCACGAUGACGAGAUCAGCCGAGAACAUGGAGAAGGACGCGGCGAGCAAAGGGCUUGACCUCAGGGCGGCAUGCAGGACGUCGUGCGCGCUGCUCGCCAAGAGCGUGGUGGACGCGAGCAUGCAGUCGCAAAACACCCAAGAGGUUCUCACAAAGCUCCAGAACGAGCUGCCGCCCAAAGAUCUCGAAAUCAUCGUGGACUGGUUCGAGUCGUACACGGACGAGUUUCAAAGGAUUGGGAUGGUCCGCUACAGUAUGAUUCAGAAGUACGAACAUACCAAGCUCACCGCGGACGUGCCGCACACGGUGUACGGUAUUCCGGCUUCGGAGGUUACCAAGGAGGAGGGGCCCUACGCGGAGGACAGCCGCGUGAUCAUGGAUUCCCUCAGAAAGGAAAUGUUGAUGUACAAGGACGGCAUCCAGGAUCUGCUGCAGCAGCUGCCGGUGCGAUCAGCGGCGCAGCUCUACCUAUCCGCGUUCCCGUCAGCGCCGGACCCGUUAUCCCUGGCGCUCGAGCUCAAGAAGAAGCUGCGACCGGAGUCGAAGGCGACGUCUGAGUGA